CAUCUCCACCACCUAAACCAACCUCCGCCCAAAGCAACACCGCAGCUGAGCCACCUAAAACCAUGACCGCCGAGUACUGCAGCCACCACAACAACGGAAACCAGCUAAUGAAGGGCGUAUCGAUCGCCAUUGUAGGGUUCCUCAUACUUAGCGGCAUAGUAAUCCUGCUAGUAUGGGCAAUUCUUCAUCCUUCCAAGCCCAGCUUCCUCCUCCAAGACGUCACCAUCUACGGUUUCAACCUUACAGCCCCAAACUUGCUCACUUCAAACCUGCAAAUCACACUAGCUUCAAGAAACCCUAACAAAAGGAUCGGCAUUUACUACCAAAAGCUCGAUGUCUUCGGGUCGUAUCAUAACCAGAAGAUAACUUUACCCACAUUGCUUCCGAGAACCUACCAGGGCCAUCGAGAUAUCACCAUCUGGUCGCCGGUUUUGUACGGCGACGCCGUGCCGGUGGCUCCGUUUCUUGAGGCAGCGUUGACCGGAGACAUGAACGGUGGUGGGUUGGUGAUGCUGGACAUCAAGGUUUUCGGGAAAGUAAAAUGGAAAGUCGGGUCUUGGAUUUCGGGUCGGUAUCAAAUUAACGUCCAUUGUCCUGCUUAUAUUUCGUUUACUGAACGAAUCAUGGGGUUCCAAGUUGGUUCUUCCAUGAACUAUCAUCUUUUGCAAACUUGCAAAGUUGAUAUUUCUCGUUAA